AUGCCUUGGACAAGCUCCGAUGUCACCGCGCCGGGAGAGGCUGUCAGUAAGGAGCCAGAAGGAGCAGACAAGCAGGCACCCAAUGGCGGUCAGCCAGAAGGGCAGAAGAGAAAAAAGAUUGUUGUGGUAGGCUUGGGCAUGGUCGGCAUCGCCUUCAUCGAGAAGCUCCUCAAGCUCGAUGCGAAACGACGAGAGUACGAUGUUGUCGUGAUUGGAGAAGAGCCGCAUCUGGCAUAUAACAGAGUUGGCUUGACGAGCUUCUUCCAGCACCGCAAGGUUGAGAACCUUUACCUCAACCCAGAGGAAUGGUACGGUGGCCACCCCGAUGGCUCACUCAACUAUCAUGUUAACACUCUCGCCACGGAGAUCAAGCCAGAAGAGAAGGUAGUCCUGACAUCCGACGGCAAGUCUGUGUCAUACGACUAUCUGGUGCUGGCCACCGGCUCCGAUGCCCUGCUUCCGCGUCACACGCCUGGCCACGAUGCCAAGGGCGUUUUCGUGUACCGGACGAUUGAUGACUUGCAGAAGCUCAUUGAAUAUUCUGGAAAGGUGAAAGGCUCCACAGGCUGCGUCGUUGGUGGCGGCUUGCUGGGCCUGGAAGCCGCAAAAGCAUGA